UGACGAUCCUCUCCCUCUCUAUCUCUCUCUCCUCAGUCGUGGCGAAGAACCUCCAUCAUCACCUUCUUCGCUCCGCAGCCGGUAAUCGCAGCUCAGCUCCUCAGUGCGCGUGCGCGUGCGCGAGCGCCGGCGUGUGCGGGUGUGAAAUCGGCGGAGAAAAGGGGAGGCGGGGGACGGGGGGACGCCAGGGGCGAUCGGUAGCUAAUCCGGCGGCGGCGGCAUGGCGAUGCGGGACCUCGUGACCGGGGCGGCCAACUGCGACCCCUCCGCUUCUUCGAACCCCUUCGGCGCCCUCGCCAACGCCCUCGUCGGCUCCUCUUCCAAAACACAGGAGAGGCUGAAGGAGAUUCCUACAACAACUCCGGCAGCUGGGAGCCAGUUUUUUGCGCAGCCAGAGGAUCGUCUGCGAGCGAUUCCUGGCUCGGAAUCCGAUCACUCUCUUUUGCCAGCCAAUGCCCAGGGAUCUGAAUUCCUCCGUCGUUUUCACGCUGCGGAGCAUGGUGGGUUUGCGGAUGCUUGGGAUGAGAUACAACAAGCUAGUGUCCCUUCCGUUCCCCAUGACUUGAGGGUUGGCAUGAAUCCUCAGAUUCAACCUACCCUAGAUGGGCCACCUCAGAGAGUGUUGUCUGGAGUUCUGCACUCGUUUGUUGACAGUAGCCGUGGUGGUCUCCCUUUUCGUCCUGCCCAACUUCCGUUGUUAGGGUUGUCCGAGGGUGAUAAGCAAUGCAUACGUGAUCGCAGCACUAUAAUGGCACGGCACUUCUUCGCAGAUAAGAGUGAAGAUUUCGUCAAUGAACAGGUGAAUGCACUAUUGCACUCCUUAGAUAUUGACAGUGAUGUUCGCGGCAAGGGACCUCUGCCUGGGAGAUUUCGGGAAUUGGAGGAUUAUUGGAAUGAGUCACAGGGUAUGAUGAAACCUGGUCCCCAUGUUGGUGAUGCAUGGGCCGUAGAAUUUAACCCACACCGAGGGGAGCACAGUGGUCCCGAUGCUUGGGUCAAUUCUUUUGAGCAACAACAUGGUGCUAAUGGUUGGGCUUCUGAGUUUGAACAGCAAUAUUCUCAGUUAGCUACUGUUGAUCAAAUGGGGGGUGUCAACGUCCCUAAUUUAGCAGCGAUGGAGCAGACUCGAAUGCUUGCUCACACAUUAGCACAAAAUGAAGAUCCCAAGUUUCAGAACUCAAAGUUCCUUCAAUUUGUAUCGAAGAUGAGCCGUGGUGAACUUAUCAUUGAUGAUAAUCAAGUAAAGCCUGCACCCGGGGACUGGGCAUCAGAAUUUCAGCAACAGUACACUGCAGGUCCUUCUUGGGCUGAUGAAUAUCUCCAUCGUAGGCCCGAUCAAUGGGCUAAUGAAUUUGCUGCUGAAAGAGAGACAAAUGGAGCUCUAGAUGAUCAAUGGGUCAAUGAAUUCUCCAAGUUGCAUGUUAAUGACUGGGCGGAUGAAUUUGGGCAGCAGGUUGCUGAAGGGAGUUUGGGAGACAAUACAGCUGAUGACUGGGCAAAUGCGUAUAACGAGUUCUGGAAUGAGCAAAAGCAGCAGUCAGAUGGUUCAAGGGGAGUGUAUGUUUUCUCAGAUAUGAAUCCAUAUGUUGGGCAUCCUAAUCCUUUAAAAGAAGGCCUAGACCUCUUCCGCAAAGGGCUUCUGAGUGAAGCAAUUCUUGCUUUAGAGGCUGAAGUUCUUAAAAAUCCUGAUAAUGCUGAAGGUUGGAGAUUACUUGGCAUAGCACAUGCAGAGAAUGAUGAUGAUCAACAGGCUAUUGCAGCAAUGAUGCGAGCUCAGGAGGCUGAUCCAACUAAUUUAGAAGUGCUUCUUUCCCUUGGUGUCAGUCACACGAAUGAGCUGGAGCAGGCUGCUGCACUGAGAUAUUUACACGGAUGGCUGCGUCAUCAUCCAAAGUAUGGAACGCUGGCAUCUCCUGAUAUGCCCGAGUCUUUAUAUCAGGCUGAUGUUGCUAGAUUGUUUACUGAUGCUGCACAAAUGUCUCCUGAGGAUGCUGAUGUGCACAUCGUACUCGGUGUACUUUAUAACUUGUCGAGAGAAUAUGAUAGAGCUAUUGCCUCUUUCCAAACGGCGUUGAAACUUAAGCCAAAUGAUUAUUCACUUUGGAACAAACUUGGUGCAACACAAGCCAACAGUGUUCAGAGUGCUGACGCAAUCUUGGCUUAUCAAAAGGCUCUUGAUUUGAAACCUAAUUAUGUUCGAGCUUGGGCAAAUAUGGGGAUAAGUUAUGCCAACCAGGGCAUGUACGAAGACUCUAUUCGUUACUACGUCCGUGCACUUUCCAUGAAUCCAAAGGCGGACAAUGCAUGGCAAUACUUAAGAAUCUCGUUAAGCUCUGCUUCUAGGCACGAUAUGCUGAAUGCUUGCGAUUCGCGGAAUUUGGACAUUCUGCAGAAGGAGUUCCCCCUAUGAUGGUUUUAUUGGUUCCAGAACUGUGGCUGAGUAAUGGUUUGUCACAAGAUAUGGGUUUUGUGCUCUUUGGGAAAUGUGGAGUAAUAAUGGUUCUUCGCCAAUAGUAGGACACUUCUGUGCAUCGGUUGCGGUUACUCUAUUGGGAGAAUGAUGAGCUUUUCCUCGUGGCCAAAACCUGAAGAAAUGGGAGCUCACUAGAUUGGAUUUUGCACACAAGGCGAGACUGGCUUCAAGUCCCCAAGGCAUUCACACCCCUCUGCUAUGGGUCCUUGGUCGCCCUCCAGUGCAUUGUGCAUUAGAUGAUUCGAUCGAGAAUAAGUAAUUUGUACCAUGCUCCUUUGGCAAUUUGGAUGUUAGGAUCUUCGGCAAUGACUACAUCCUUCUGAAUUGCUUGGUAGUCAGUACCAUAAGAAAGUGCAAGCGCCCAAGUAAGGUGGGACUAUUUGCAUCAUAGAGGAAUUUGGAAACCGAAUGUGCAUUUGUAUCAAGUUACGAACAUUUUUCCAGUCAUGUUUAAUGGCCAGUCGCUGCAUUUAACUGGC